AUGUCGUUGCUUAAGCAGGUGCAUACUAAGUCUGGUCUAGUGCUUCUGGACCUUUCGAGUUUUCCCACAACGGUUCAAGUGCUCGAAUGUCUGCACAGAGAUGGAUGGGUUGUAGUGAAGAAUGCUGCUAGCACCAAAUCCCAACAGCAGGCAUCAUCCAACGAGGUUGUUUUUGCUCUUCUGACUGCCGCACGGAGAGGGACCAUCGACUUUGAGAGCAGUUCCCCUGAGAUUUCAUGGCCAUCAAACCUGCAAAAAGACCCAAACCCAAUGACGCGACCCCCAAACUGGAGGGACAUGGUGGAGGAACGGGCAACGGAUGUAAUGGCGAUCUGCUGUCACCACCUGUGGGGUGACGAGACGGAUAUAUGGGACUGGGAAUAUGAUACUGGGCUGCGUGGCGACGCAACCGGACAGGCUGCAACUGUGGCUGCUACCGGUGGAGACUUGCUCAUAUGUAGUGGCUGGCUACUGCAGAGGCUUCCGGAGCCGCGCAGCCAGACUGAUCUUGUCACCGUAAAGUAUCGAUGGAGGCACUUUGACUGGACAACGCCUUCGAGAGGGCCCUGA